UUAUCAUGGAGGAUCAGUAGGCAACUUGCGGCCAACAGAGAAGGGCAGCAACCGCUCUGAUCCUCGAGACUUUUCUCAACUGCUCGGCGCUCCGUUCCGAAACAACCACACAGUCACAUUCAAACAUGGAUAUGAAGAAGAGGAUUACUUUAGAGCUCCGGAACCGGAGCCCAGCAGAGAUCGUGGAGUUGGUGGUGGACAACAGCCGGUCUGCUGACGGAGAGGUCGAGGGUCUGACGGACGAAUUUACGGAGCUCGAGUUUCUCAGCGUGGUUAACGUGGGUCUGAGCUCACUGGCGAAGCUGCCGUCGCUGCCCAAGCUACGUAAGUUGGAGCUGAGCGACAACAACUUAUCGGGGUCUCUGGAGACCCUCGCACAGAAAUGUCCCAACCUGACCUACCUCAACCUGAGUGGGAACAAGAUCAAAGAGCUGAGCACGUUGGAGGCGCUGCAAAACCUUAAGAGCCUGCAGAGCCUGGACCUGUUCAACUGUGAGAUCACAUCUCUGGAGGACUACAGGGAGAGCGUGUUUGAGCUGCUACCUCAGGUGACCUACCUGGACGGCUUCGACCAGGAGGACAACGAGGCGCCGGACUCCGAGGCUGACGACGAAGACGAGGACGGCGAGGACCGGGCGGGGCCGACCGGAGAUUACGGGGAGGAGGACGACGAAGAGGAGGAUGAGGAUGGCUCAGAGGGAAGAGAGGUGGGGCUGAGCUUUCAGGUGAACCAGGCCAAUCAGGAAGAUUACGAGGAUGAGGAUGACUAUGCAGAAGAGGAAGAGGAAAAGGAGGGCGCUAAGGGAGAGAAGAGGAAGAGAGACGUAGACGACGAAGGGGAGGAAGAUGACGAAGAUGAAGACAACUAGUGGUCCGCCUGGCGCCGUCGUCCGUGUGUCGUCCUGCCCCAUCUCAGUCCUCCUCCGGACCCGACCUCCACCCAGCAGCAGCAGCCGCCGCGGCGCUGCGUCCCGAGAUAGUUGGUUUCAGUUUGUUAGAGAGUCACUUGUUUUUUUUUUUUUUUUUGUUUUUUAGAUAAAAUUAUAUUUACAGGGAAAGAGAUUUGAUGUGAACUUUACCUGUUGGUUCCAGCUGAAGACUCGUUUCCCUUUAAAAAAACCUGCUUCAGGGUUCAAAACCCCACACAGCCCAAAAAUCCUGGCUCUCCACCCGAAGGCGUCGCUGGACCGCUGAAGUUCUGCCUCCUCGUCGCGACUUCAAGCACAGAAAAAAAAAAAAA